AUGGACCGCGCGCUCCCCACUCUCCAGGCUCUUCCCUCCCUGCCGUCCUUCCCCGCGCUGUGCGUGGGCGCGGCGCGUCUCGCGGACAGGACCCACUACCCCGCGCGCAGCCCCAAGUGCGCGCGCUGCCGAAACCACGGCGUGGUGAGCGCGCUCAAGGGCCACAAGCGCUCGUGCCGCUGGAAGGACUGCGCGUGCGCCAAGUGCGCCCUGAUCGCCGAGCGCCAGAGAGUGAUGGCGGCGCAGGUCGCGCUGAGGAGGCAGCAGGCGCAGGAGGAGAACCAAACCCGCCAGCUGCAACACCUACUCUACCCGCCACACUGCUCCACCGCGACCAGCGGCACCGCAGGCGACCAUCUGAACAAAUACAUGAUUAACGGGUUCAUGCUCGCCCCCCACGUGCACCCAGUCACCUCUCCAGCACCCAAAAGUGACCUCGACGCCCGUCCCGCCGAGUCUCCAGACCUGGACCGUCUCUCCGAGCCCACAGCCAGCCCUCGUUCUCUGUCCUCGUCCGACCCGGAGUCAGGAAGCGAGUCUGAGAGGCCGAGAAUCGACGCCCCCGGAGACCCGUCCAGACCCGUGAGAGAGCGGGACCCCCUCGAGGUGCUGGUGAAGAUCUUCCCUCAGCUGAAGCAGGACAGUCUGGAGUCGGCUCUGAGCGUGUGCGCCGGGGACAUCGUCCGGACCAUCGAGACGCUCCUGAGCCACAGAGAAGAGUCGGCGUCGCCCGAGGGUCAGAGUGCACCGGCGUCGCUUCCCGGCCUCCGCGCCUCGCGGUCGGCAUUCUCUCCGCUACAGUCGUCCGGCCUGAGGCCUCUGGGAGGAAGCGGCUUCUACGGGUUGAAUCCGUGUUUCGGGAUCAAUCCCCUGCGUGUGGCGUACUCCGGAUCACCGGGUUUUAUGUCUCCGUAUCUCACGCCCAGACUGGUACCCGCCGUACCCCUGCGCACCCCUGCAGAUUAUCAGUUCCCCGCCGUGAUCCGGGACCUGACCUACCAGAACAAAGACUCUCUCGGCCCCGCGGCGCUCUUUCCCGGACUCACGUUUAGGAAAUAGCUGCUUCACACGGCAGGUUUUUAUUUGUAUAUAAAUCAUGACGCAGUAGAAACGUUUAUAAAUCCAGCCUGUAUUUUUGUGU